UUUUUUGUUUGACGUUUUGAAUUAGUAAUUUUGUGCUGUUUCAGUUAGUUUGCGUAUAAAUCAUAAUAGUAUUAUUCGAAAUGGAUUACAGCAGCACGGGUGCGAUGAGAAGUCCGUUCUCGCCUCGAGUGAGGCAGUCUGUUACAGGGCGAAGGCCCAUUGGGCUUUCGUCAGCUAAAAAGAACCAAAGUAAAUUUAUGCAGCCUACGGGUGAACCAGCUGGAGAUGUUGUGUACAAAACUCCAUUAACGACAAUAGAGACUUAUGGGAUGCCCCUCCCUGUGAUGGUUACUGAAGCCCUAACAUUUGCGAGUGGUGAGGUGAGCGUGCGGCUGUCAGCAUGCGGCUGGUGCUGGAUAGUGUCGGGGCGGCGCAUCAUCUCGUGGCCGCGCACCUCCACCACGUCCAGCAACACGUCCCUGGCACCAGCCAGCACCAUCGCCAGGGAACUGUCUCUGCCUCAGACAGAUCUAGCACACAAGGCUGAUCUAGUUGUACUAUUCUAUAUGGAAGGCGCACAGAUGCCAUCCUGUAUCGGAGUGUCCCCUGAGGGUACAGUCCGCUACUGGCCGUCGGUGGGUCAGGAGGGAGUGUACACAGACGUUUCAUGUGAGUUGGCCGGCCAGGAGUGUGAGAAGUUGGGAGACUACACUCCUGAGGGCCUGGUGCUGGCCACCACUACGUGCACCGUAGUGCUGCUCAACCCCACUGUUGUUGAGGGCCGCGCGACGGUGACGUGUCGCACGCUGCGGCCGCCCAGCGGCUGGCUCGGCGGCAUCGGCCGCCGCGUCUCGCUGCUGUUCUUCGGCUCCAUGCCCGCACACGCUGACACGAAACUAGUGGGUGUGGUGGUGCUGCCGGGCGGCGGCGACGCGGAGAGCACGAUCGCGCUGGUGUCCGGGGGCCCGGCGCUGCAGCUGUGGCGCGGCGCCGAGCUGCACGAGCACGCGCUGCGCCGCCCGCUCACCGACGCCGUGGCCAGGACGCAUCUCGCCUCGCACGGAGACCUGAAUAGCUUGGAGAUCAUGGCGCUGGACGUGCAGCCGAGCGGCAACAACGGGCUGCUGCUGCUCAUCGCCACCGUCAACGUCGCGCGCUCGCCCGAGAUGCGAUACGCUAUCGCGCACGUGAGCGUGGAGGACGUGUCCGCUCCGCGCGUGUCGUGGCUGGUGCAGGCGCGGGGCUGGGCGGGCGACGCGGACGAGCCGCCGCGCUUCCUGCCGCUGCCAAGACACGCGCUGCUCUACACCAGGAACUACAUCGCCAUACUCUCCACGACGGUGUCGAACGACAAGGUGGAGUACAUCGACGUGUCGGGCGAGGGCGACGCGGUGCUGGGCGCGGCGCUGUGCGGGCCCACGCCGCUGCUGUUCAGCCGCAAGCACGGCGUGCUGGCGCUGGCGCAGCCGCCGCAAGCGCAGCCCACGCCAUCCAUGUGCGAGAGUCCGCUGGGCUCGCCGUGUCCGUCUGACAUGUACGACGGCAACUUGUCGCUCUACGAGAUAGAUCCGCAUGAGGUGAGCCUGGUGACGCAGGACGCGUGCGGCAAGCUGAAGACGGCGUUCCUGUUCCACGUGCGGCGCGAGACGGCCGCGUGCCGCGCCGCGCUGGCGGAGCUGUUCCCCGCGGGCGACGAGCGCGACGUGGACGCUCCGCUGGACCGCGCGGCGCGCCGCAUCGCCGCCGCGCUGCUGGACGACGCGCCGGCCGGCGACCCGCGCUGGCGCCGGCGCGGGCCCGCCACCGACAUCUGCCUCGGCAGCUCGGCGGCGCUGCAGCUGGACCGCCAGCUGCGCGACAAGCAGCGCGCCUUCUCGCUCUUCUGCGACUUCCUGCGCGCCGUCGGGCUGUGGCAGCGCCUCGGACUCGUCACUAACGAGUCGGGCGGCGGUGUGGUGAGCACGGAGAGCGCGCUGGGCGGGCUGGCGGAGCAGCUGGCCACCGCCAUCACGCUGCGCAAGCUGCAGCAGGGGCCCGACGCGCAGCUCAUCGACGCUGCCAUAUAUCAGGUGGUGUGCGGCAGCCGCGCGGAGCUGGAGGAGGAGCCGGAGGUGGAGGAGGCGCUGGCGUCGGGCGCGCUGGCGCCGGCCGACGUGUGCUACCGCCGCGUGUCGCGCGUGUGCCGCGUGCUGCGCGCGCUGCGCGUGCUGGCGGCGCUGCUGCGCGCGCGGCACGCGGCGCGUGCGCACUGGCCGCCCGCGCCGCCCGCACUGGGCUCGCGCACGCUGCUGUCCUGUCUCUCCGAGUUCCACACGCGCGCCGUCACACAGGCGGCACACGAUUGCCCGGAGCCGGCGCUGCGUGCGCAGGUGUACGAGACGGCGGCCGACCUGGCGGACCUCAUCCUCGCGGACGCCGAGCUGCUCAACGCCUCCUCGCACACACAGCAUCUGUACGAGCGCAUCCGCAGGGACACCAUACAGCCUUACGUGGACGAGGGUCAGCGUGAGCGCGCGGCGGCGCUGGCGGAGAAGUUCAAGGACUUCGAGCUGCUCAUCGAGAUGUGUGUCGACAGCGACGACAUCGACAAACUGUUCGCCUACAUCGAUAAAUAUUCUAAUGAGGGCAUAGCAGAGAUAACAUUCGCGCGGCUGGCGGAGGGCGGCGGCGGCCGCAGCGCGCUGCUGCUGCGGCGCGUGGGCGCGCGGCUGGCGGCGCCGCUGCGCGCGUGGCUGCAGGCGGCGCCGGCUCGUACUGCCCUGCUGGCGCUGCAUCUGCUCAGCACGCAGCACCUGGCCGGAGCUGCCGACGCGCUGCUCGUGCUCGCCAAUGAGGAGGUCGACAGCGUCAACAGGCUCACGACGACGGCGUCGCUGGCCAAGCUGUGCCUGCAGGCGGACGCGGCGGGCGGCGGCGCGGAGAGCGGCGCGUGGCGGCGCCUGGAGUCGCGCCUGGCGCUGGCGGCGCAGCACCGCGCGCUGCCGCGCCCGCUGCGCCUGCACCACGGCCUCGACGCCGGCGACUCGCCCGUGCUGCCGCCAGACCAACUCGUGCAGAUGUACAUAGAGUCGGAGAGCUCUGGGCUGACGGAGUACGACUACAAGAAGGCGCUGGACCUCACGGACUACGUACACGACAUGGAACGCAGGGACGACCUGCGCCUCAGGGUGUGGUGCGCGUGCAUCCGGCGUGACGACUGGUCGUCGUGCCGCGUGGACUCGCCGGCUGACGAGCUGCACACCAAGAUGUUCUUCCGACUCAUCGACCUCGUGCACGUCAUGGGCGGGGACCUGGAGCUCCUUCUCCCGCCGGUGGAGGACAUCCUGACGGCGCCGGAGCUGGCGGAGCUGGUGUCCGACCCUCGCUUCCACUUCAUCAUCAAGUACGGCUACGAGUGCGUCGACACCACCAGGAACCACGACAUGACAGACGAGUAAACACCACACUGAUGAUGUAUCACUCUCUAUGGGUGUCAAAAGUGAGAAUUUUAAUAUUAAGGUUAUAUGGGAUGCUGGUUUAAUCUUUAUGUAAUUAAUAUAAAUAACCUCAAAGUUAUGACAUCAAAAUAUUAUUAAUUUUUAUGAACUACUAGAUUUUCCCCGCGGUUUCACCCGCGUCCCGUAGCCGGAUGGUGACAAAAACUA